CUGUACAAAUUUCCGUCGCCCGCGCAGCCUUUGCACGGCUUUCCGUGAAAACUGCUAGAUAAUUAGCAGUAGUGGCGAAUCGAUUGCGCAAAGCAGACGUCGGAAUACGUAUUAUGUAAACGUAAUUCAAAAUGAACAUGAAAACUCUUUUGUAUAGUGCGUUAUUUAUUAUAAUAAAAAGUGCCACAGGACAGAAGUCGCCAAAUGCCCCACUGGAUUGCCCGUCUUUGGAGAAGGGAGACAUUUACACACAGUCCGAAUUCCUAUCGCGCUUGGCUAACGAAUGCCGCUACGAUAGACUGCUUCUACCAACCUACAAGACCGGUGAAGUUGUUUAUGUUCAUGCCAGCGCAUACGUCUACUUUAUACAACCAGCUGAAGCACACGACUUGAAUUUCAAACUGCACUUCUUACUGCAAUUGCGAUGGACUGACGCGAGACUCGCCUAUUCGUUGUAUUCGCCAGAACGACAGAAAAUUAUAGGUGAAAGUGACCUUCGCCAGAGAAUAUGGGUACCGCAUCUGUACAUGUCCAAUGAACAAUCCUCCAGUCUCAUGGGGACUGAUAGCAAAGACGUGCUCAUUUCCAUAGCACCAGAUGGCGAAGUCUUGUUCAGCCGACGGAUGCAAGCGGUGCUGUAUUGUUGGAUGAACCUUCAAAAAUUCCCGUUUGACGACCAAAGAUGUUCGAUGAAUUUAGAAAGUUGGAAAUACAACGCUUCAAUCUUGCGUCUUAUGUGGGAGAAGGAUAAUCCCGUCCGUCUUUCUAGCGAAUUGCAUCUCACUGAAUAUUCGCUCCUUGAUUAUUGGACAAAUGAAUCAGUAGUUCGAGGCGAUAUAGUUAAUAUGAGGCAGGGGGGAGGUAGAUCUGGAAAUUACAGCGCGCUUAAAUUCACGUUUAAGCUCGGUCGUGAAGUCGGUUACUACCUUAUGGAUUAUUUCAUACCAUCUAUGAUGAUAGUGGCCAUGUCAUGGGUUACAUUUUGGUUGCAGGCUGAUGCCUCCGCUCCAAGAAUUACAUUGGGUACCAGCACUAUGUUAUCAUUCAUCACUCUGGCGUCAUCACAAGCGAAGACGUUGCCGAAGGUCUCCUAUAUUAAGGCCAGUGAGAUUUGGUUCUUGGGCUGUAUUGGUUUCAUCUUCUCGGCGCUGGUGGAAUUCGCAUUUGUUAAUACUAUUUGGCGAAGAAAGAAAGUGGUGAGUCUCAAGAAGGUUAACAGCAAGUAUAUCUUGAAGAGUACUCUGACACCUCGGCUGGCUCGUAAGGAGCUGCAGAAGGAAAUGCAAUCCUCUCCUCAGCUGAGCAAGUCUCGGUCAUGUUCAUCCCUACAUCAAGAUGCCUCCAGCGAUCCCAACGGGCCCGGAUACAACAACUAUCUGACCGUACAUAGCUUCCCAUCAGCGUUGAACUUGCCAACGAUAACGACACAGAGCUAUGACGAUCUAACUGGAGGUAGGGGCCGCCCCGGCAGCGAGGGGUCCGACGAGCCCAAACACACUUGGACACAGAUGACCCCGCAGGAGAUAGCCACGUGGAUAGACAAGCGAUCACGGGUCUUAUUCCCGUUACUCUUUAUCCUAUUCAACAUAAUUUACUGGACCUUCGUCUAUUGUCUAUGAUUCGUCUAUUAUCUCGUGCACUAUGUGCAGGAUAUUAAGAAUGUUCCUUUACGAAUAUUUAAUCAGAACCAUCGAGCUUAUUAGGUUUUCUAAAUGCAACCCGCAAUUUUAUACAAUCUAGUGAUUCACUGUCGACAAGAAAAACUUAAUAGAUGACAUAUAUUGACAGUUUUUUUUUUAAACACUAAGUGACAGAAAGAAAUAAAUCUGUCACGUGUUUAAAUACGUUAGGUUAAAAUUGAUUGUUAAAAAAAAAAUCUGUCUAUAAAUAAGCUCCGUCGAGUGUGGUAUAGUCAUGUUAUUGAAAAUUUUAUUUAUAUAUUUAAUUAAUGCAAGUAAAUUAAAAAUAACAUAUUAAUAUAUAAGAAAAAAUAUGUUAAUGUUAAGAAAACUAUAGAAUGUAGUUAACAAUAAUAUAAUUUAUUUAAUUAAUAUAAUGUACAUACACUAAAUGUAUAGUAGUCACUAGAUAUAUGUUUGGAGAGAUUAUUUGAAAUUAAGUAUCAAGAAACUAUAACUUUUACUGUUAAUUACACU